GCGAGAGAGUCUUGACGUCAUUCAGGUUUAUUAGCGGUCUUCGCGGUUCCCACAAACACCAGUCACACUCUCCUUGUGCUCUGUGCAGAAGUGUAUGGUCAAUGCCGUGCUUGGCCCCCUUCUACAUUAGUUCUCCCAUGCCCGGGAACUGGAGCAGGAACAAGGGUUUUACCUAAGAGAGCGCUGAAGGACCAAGAAGCAGCCUAUUGACCAGUUUUUGCAAGGAAGGCGAGUCCAGUUUUCCUCCAUGUGAAGAAAAGGGCGAUCACCAUAGAGAUGAACGAGAGCGCAACAGCCAAUGAGAGUUUAGCGGGGCUUUCCGUGGCCUCGUGGGUGGAAGCCGAGGCCUUCAACGGCAACGGCAGCCUCGCGCUCUCCUCCCCCUCCUCCUCCUCCUCCUCAUCCUCAUCCCUCCUCGACUUCCCCGUGAACCCGUGGGACAUCAUGCUGUGCCUGUCUGGCACGGUGAUCGCGUGCGAGAACGCCAUCGUGGUGGCGAUCAUCUUCUACACGCCGACGCUGCGCACGCCCAUGUUCGUGUUGAUCGGCAGCCUGGCCACGGCGGACCUGCUGGCGGGCGUGGGGCUCAUCCUGAACUUUGUGUUUCAGUACGUGAUCUCCUCUGAGACCAUCAGCCUCAUUACGGUGGGCUUCCUCGUGGCCUCGUUCACGGCGUCCAUCAGCAGCCUGCUGGCCAUCACGGUGGACCGCUACCUGUCGCUCUACAACGCGCUCACGUACGUGUCGGAGAAGACGCUUCACUAUGUUCACCUGAUGCUGGUGGGCGCGUGGGGCGCGUCUCUGGGCCUCGGCCUGCUGCCCGUGUUGGGCUGGAACUGCCUGGACGACGCCGAGUCCUGCAGCAUCGUGCGGCCGCUGCGGCGCGCCAACGUUACGCUGCUGGCUGCCUCCUUCUUCGUCAUCUUCGCGCUCAUGCUUAGCCUGUACGUGCGCAUCUGCAAGAUAGUGUGUCACCACGCGCACCAGAUCGCGCUGCAGCAGCAUUUCUUCGCCACCUCGCACUACGUGGCCACCAAGAAGGGCGUGUCCACGCUCGCCAUCAUCCUGGGCACGUUCGGCGCCAGCUGGCUGCCCUUCGCCGUCUACUGCCUGGUGGGCGAGCGCGAGUACCCGGCCGUUUACACGUACGCCACGCUGCUGCCCGCCACCUACAACUCCAUGAUCAACCCCAUCAUCUACGCGUACCGCAACGCCGAGAUCCAGCGCUCGAUCUAUGUGCUCUUCUGCGGCUGCUUUCACGCCAACGUGUCCUACCGCUCCAGAUCACCAAGCGAGGUCUAGAGCUGCCGGCAGAGUUUCCUUAACAGCACCCAAUCAGCGCUCUCGAUGCAAAACCUCCUAACAGUUGUUUUUCCUUUUUUUCACUUGUUUUUGCACCAUUUGAACACGCCAGCUACCCUUUACAUGGUGUGAACUAAUGGGCCAAUAAAAAUGGUACAAGGUU